AUGAUUUUCCUUUCCCGUUCAGGAGGGGCCAUGUGCAGCAAAGACAUCCCCGGCGUCGAAUCUUCCGACGGCAUGGCUUGCUGCCCCGCCGAGUGCGGGGUGUGCUCUACCAGCUGUGGAUCGAAGCGCCGUCUCUCAUCUAGAGACAGCGGAGGCCACUCUUCAUCCUCCUGUGGGACUCUGAAGCACCGCCGUCGCCUCUCCUACGGGCGCGACAGCUCCAAGCGCUCAUCUUCCAAGGACUCGUCUUCCAAGGACUCGUCUUCCAAGGAUUCGUCUUCCAAGGACUCCUCCUCCAAGGGCUCGUCUUCCAAGGAUUCAUCUUCCAAGGAUUCCUCUUCCAAGGACUCCUCCUCCAAGGACUCAUCUGACGACUCCUACGAUACCCCGAAGCACCGCCGCCGCCUCUCCUACGGGCGCGACGGAUCCAAGGAUUCAACUUCCAAGGACUCCUCUUCCAAGGACUGGCCUUACAAGGACUCCUCUUCCAGGGACUCGUCUUCCAAGGACUCGUCUUCCAAGGACUCCUCUUCCAAGGACUCGUCUUCCAAGGACUCCUCCUCCAAGGACUCAUCUGACGACUCCUACGAUACCCCGAAGCACCGCCGCGGCCUCUCCUACGGGCGCGACGGAUCCAAGGACUCCUCUUCCAAGGACUCCUCUUCCAAGGAUUCGUCUUCCAAGGACUCCUCUUCCAGGGACUCCUCUUCCAAGGACUCGUCCGACGACUCCCCCGAUGGUUGCGACUGUGGUCCCUCCGGAUACAAGCGCCGCGCGCUCCGCUCUGGCAGUAGCUCUUCCUCCGACUCGCGUGACGCGUCGUGCAACUGCGACCAUGGUCGUCACCUGUGGGGGGGCAGCGACAGCAACGACAGCGGAUCGUCCGACUCCAACGAUCACUCAUCAAGCGGUGGCCGGGCCGCUGAUUCUUCAUCCGACUCCAACGAUCACUCAUCAGGCGGUGGCUGGGGCUCUGAUUCGUCUUCCGAUGAUUCAGGGUCCGGCGAUGAAGACAACGGCUACGAGGAAUACUGCGAUUGCAGUCUCUCUGGUGGGUACACGCCUCGCUAUGGUGACUCCUCCGACUCUGGUGACUCCUCUGAUUCGUCCGAUACUGGUGACGGCCAGGCCAACCAGCGCUCCGCCCCUGCGCCUACGCCGGUCGCCGAGCCCGUUGCGCCUGUGACCGAGCCCACCGGCCGUUGCCGGCGCAGAGUGCCCUGCAUCUCAGCUCUUGCGCGCCUCAACAACCCUACGCGAUGCAUCGUCUCACAUCACACCCUCUCUCUGUUGCUGCUGCCGCAUGAUGUUGCUGUCUGUUCUGAGCUAGACAUGUGCUCCAACGGGUUCUCCGGUAUCCAGUCAGGAAACGCGUGCUGUCUCGCGGAGUGCGGUGAAUGCGGCGGUCACGGCUGUGGUGAGUUCGGUGGAGGCCUCGGGGCGGACAAGUGCUGCGAGAGCGACAUCGAGGAAUACGGCGAGCUCUGCUCCAUCGCACUCGCGGCGCCGUGCUACAUCGACGGUGAGACCAGUGAUAGUGUAGUGUAG